AUGAUUGAUCUGGAGGAGGAUCAAGUUCCUUCAAGAACAACUACUCAAGCUGUAGAUUUUACUCUUCUGUCUACUGCUGGUCUACAUGGGUUACUCAAGGAGAUUCAGGCUUCAAUUGCUCUACUGGGAACUAGGGUGCAAGCUUUGGAGGCUCGAAUUGCACAUCAAGAUGUUCAUCAUGAUCAGCUUCUUCAUGCUAUGAACAAGGGUGCAUCCAACAUCUACAAUCUAGAAUCUGAUCAGCAGCUGAAAUUCGAUGCUUUGUUAGAACAGAUGAAAACUCAUCUCACUAUUGAUGCCGGCAAAGAAAUCACCAAGAAAGUUGGUCUUGUUUAUCAACUCCACAUCGCACCUAAGAAAUUUGGGUUUAAUGAGGUGAUAUACACGGUUGAUCUUAAGAAGAGAGAGGUUAAGAAAGGGGCUUAUGAAGGAGGAAAGCCAUAUGCUGCAUUUUCAUUGAUGGAUGAAUAUUUUCUUAAAAUUGCAACUGGGAAAAUGAACCCUCAAAUUGCUUUUAUGAGGGGUGCAAUAAAGAUUAAGGGUAGCAUAAGUGCUGCUCAAAAAUUUACUCUUAAUAUUUUCCCUAAGGCUACUAAGAUGUGA